AUGAAUAAGAUGAAUAGCUCAAUGGUAACGGAGUUUGUUUUGUUAGGACUCACCAAAACAUGGGAACUUGAAAUUUUCUUUUUUUUCAUAUUUUUGUUGGCCUAUGUAGCAAUUAUGGCAGGAAACCUUCUCAUCGUGGUCACUGUAACCUUUGACUCACUUCUAUACUCCACACCAAUGUACUUCCUCCUUGGAAAUCUCUCCUUCCUGGAUAUGUGUAUUUCCACAAUCACAACCCCUAAGAUGGUCACAGAUUUCCUCAGAGAGUAUAAAACUAUUUCUUUGUGGGGCUGUAUGGCUCAGAUGUUCCUCCUCCACUUUUUAGGCGGCAGUGAGAUGACUCUUCUCAUAGUCAUGGCUGUUGAUCGAUACAUUGCAAUAUGCAAACCUCUUCACUACACAUCCAUCAUGAAUCGCCGGGUCCUCGUGGGCUCUGUGCUGCUCUCAUGGGCUGUUGGUUUUGUGCAUACGAUGAGCCAGAUGGUUUUUACUAUCACGUUGCCUUUUUGUGGCCCCAACAUAGUAGAUGAUAUUUUUUGUGACCUUCCCCGUGUUCUAAAACUUGCCUGCACUGAGACCUACAUUCUGGAGUUGCUGGUAACUGUGGACAGUGGGCUGUUGUCUUUCAUCUGCUUCAUACUCCUGCUCAUUUCCUACACUGUUAUUCUAGUAACUGUCCGACGUCGAUCCUCUGGUGGACUCUCCAAGGCUCUGUCCACACUGUCUGCUCACAUUACUGUGGUCACUCUGUUUUUUGGGCCAAUUAUCUUCAUUUAUGCUUGGCCAUCCAGUGGCUUUUCAGUGGAUAAAUUUCUUUCUGUGUUUUAUUCAAUUAUUACACCUUUACUGAACCCCAUCAUUUAUACUCUGAGAAAUCAGGAGAUGAAAGCAGCCAUUAGUAGACUGAGGACCAAACAUAUCCUCAGAAUAAACUGGUAUUGUUUUGUUUGUAGAUUUUAA